AUGUUGUGUUUCAAACGCUGUCAAGAUGAGAAUCUACCAACUCGGGAGCAAUUAUGUAGUGAACCAGGCUUGAUGUGUGGGUAUGUAGAAAAGGCUCUAUCGAUGUCGAAAUGGGAGCGACGUCUGGCAGUGAUCACCAAGGACGGCAAGCUCAUCAUUUACAAGUACUACUUACUCGACAUAUGCCCUGGGUUAGGAUUUCACGACACGCAGCUGCCCGUACUGUACUGA